AUGUCCUCGUCCCCUUCGUCGGUGAAGCAGAGAUCGCCGAAGCGGACCUCAGCCAGAAGAACACCUCUGCAAGAAAGGACCUCGUCUCAAGCCAACGAGAUCUCCUCGCGCCUGUCAAGAGAUGCUUUGUCAGAGCAAGAGCAAUCGGGGCUACAUACCACUACACCGUUUCCAACGAAAGCGGCCCAUAUUCUCCUCCCGAGUUCCCUCAAGAAGCAGAAGGGUGGCUCCAGUCCGAUUGGAGAUGUUAUCGGCUUUCCGUUCGCGAGCAAAUCAGGAAGAAGUGGCGAUACUCAAAGGAAUCUGAAGGGCGGAGCGCAACCUACGGUGAAGCUGAAGCGAUCCGUCAAGGCGUUACGGGACCUCUAUGAGGCUCAGGCCGGGGAAGCUUCUCGUCCUUCGACGGCGACAUCGCCUCCUCUCCGACCUAAUACUGCAGGUUCUUCUCGGUUAAGAAGCCUUAGCUCUAGUGAGAGUCUCUAUGGGGCAUACGCUUGGGAGGCAUUGAGAAAGAUUUCUUCCGAUGAUUUGGCAUUGUUGCCGACUCUGCCAGCAGGAAGCCGGGUGGUGAAGAGAUUAUCGUCCCGAUCCUCCUUUACGUCGCCGGCCGGGAAGACUGCUGCCACCUCAAGUCCGAAUUACAGAGUGUUGGGUGUCUCGUCAAGUCCAAGGCCUGCAGCUUUCAAAGACUUGACGAGUCCCGUCCUUCCUCCGUUCGACGAGAUCCCUAGGACAGGCUCUGCCGAAAAUAGCUCUUCGAGUCCGAAUGUGAUCCGUCUGGGCCACACUUCUAGUACCGAACAAUUCCACCCUAGCGAUCAGUCGUCUAGCCCGAACGUCAUUAAGCUAGGAACAUCAUCUCCAAUUGCAGCACGGCCAGGGGCUCCAUCAUAUCUCUCACGCUCGAGAUCUUCAUCGGGCGCUUCCAAAAAGAGGAAGAGGUCAGGCACUGGAGAAGGAGAAGGAGGCUCGUAUGUGGACAGGUUUGGUGCAAGGAACCCAUUGGCAUCGAGUCCGCCCGUUGAUCGCUACGGUUCUACAUCCGCUGUGCCCAGCAGCAUCGCUUCUCAGGAACGAAUCGUACCUUCUUCGGUGUCUUACAGCCUUCGCCACACUGAGUCUCUCGACGAGUCGAGUUCGGUCAUUCACGUGUUGGGCAAGGAUGAGCCCAGCUCCGAUGGUAGCUCAGUUGCCGAUACUCAUGCCAGUCUUCAAGCUGCGCUGAGCUCAAGUCCACUCCGCAUUCAGUAUCCCAUUGUUCGAGCUCCUCCUGCAAGCCAGGAAGCCGGACUUGAUGUGCCAAAACGAACAUCGCGGUCUCUGUCUACAGAAUUGUCAGGGCCUAAAAACUCAUGGAGAUUAUCAGCCGUUCCGUCGGAAGGCUCUUGGAUCAAGACCAGGCCGGCGAGUGAGGCAUCUUUUGUUCCAGACGAUCUUAAUGAAUACCUCAAUUCAGACGAACUAGCACCAGCGUCGGCCUUCAUCAUCAACCAAUCCGCAAAUCAGUCUCAAAUCCGAAUUGUUCGGGACUCCGAGUCUGAUCUCUAUGGCCGAGAUUCCCACGAAGCCGCAGAUGCAGUUUCAGCCCUUCCCAGCAACGAUUAUACGUACAUAUCACCUCCUCGUCGACAUGCCCGUAGCGGCAGUUAUGUCGGAUCUCCUAAUUCCUCACAAUCAAGACUUAAUUCCAUGAAGUCAUUUACGCUGUCACGACACAAUAGUUUCAUUUCGACUUCUCUUCGGCCAUCAUCUUCCAGCAGUACAGCGAGCAAUAUUAUUGUGCCAGUGCCCACUUGGGCUCAAAGGUACUAUUCCGGCUUUUACAGGGACUCAUUCCAAUAUCUUUACGCCAACGCUUCGCACUCGAACCUACAUCAUUUGGCCGUGGCUGGCCAUCUUCACUCACAUUCAGCAUAUUCAGCACCAUCCCGACCGGAGGCCUCAAGAAUAGCCCACAGCCCUACCCGAACUCAUGCCCAUCAACCCAGGGCUGGGCGUCUAGAGGGACUAAGGCGACCCAAGAGACAUCCAAGGAUCGAGGCGCGGAAAUCGCAUACCCUUCCUGGAGUCGGACCGCUCGUGUCCAACCCGGUUCGGGGACCUGCGACAGCCGCCGCCACCAGCGCCACUCGGGACGCUCGACGACAGUCAUUUCCAAACCACCACGGUCGAUCUGUCUCUGCGCCUCUUCCUCCGCUGGACCCUCGAGCUCAUUGGGCGGGUAUGAUCGAGAUCCAUGAACGACCUCUCGAGGACGGUCGCGGGUCAAGCUACACCAUUCACCACCACAAUCUCCAUCCGGCAAGUUACGGCUACAGCAUCAGCCGGACCGAGACGCAGAGCGAAUCUGUCAUCUAUCAUCCCAAUGCCCAUCGCAAUUCACAUCACCGCUGGGCCUCGUCUCCGCAUUUGCAUCAUGACCACAGACUAAACACCGGCUCCACCGAAUCUCGAGGUUUCGGGUAUCCAUUCAACACUAAAUCUCGCUGGACUGCACCUAGCAUCAUCAAUGAGUCUGGUCGGCCCUGGUGGACGCGGGCGGAUCUACGAACCACACAGGUCAUCUGUUUCACUGCCGGUUUUCUGCUUCCAUUGACCUGGUUCAUUGCGGCGGUUUUGCCCUUACCGAAACGGCCUACUCGCAUGCAAGACAUUGAGAAACAAGUCUACAUGGCCUCUGCCGCCGCGCCGCAACGUCAGUCAUAUUUGCAAUUCGCUUCACAGUCGCAAUCACUGCACAGCUCGCGUUCGCAGCAAUACCUGGAUCAGGAUCAGGAUCAAGAUCAGGACCAGGACCGGGAAUAUUCCAAUCAAGCCUUCUCGGAAUUGGAAUCAAUGGACAUCAUUGACAAACUGCGUCUCGAGCGUCAACUCGCGGGCGUGGCGGAACUUCGAUGGCAGAACGCGCGAUGGUGGCGCACCCUGAACCGCUGGAUGUGCAUUGUCGGUGUGGUAGUUUGUGUCAUUGUCAUUGUCCUCGCCGCUGUGGGCACGCAGCAGAAGUGGUAG